AUGACACGAGACGGUCUAGUGAUGGGAGUGACUCAUUUGAACGGCUUCAGUGCGUCAUCUUCGGGAUUCGGUGAUACAUGCACAAACGCGUCGGUUCUCCCGGUAAAAGCGUGCUAACGGGGAUCUCCUCCAUCACACGAGCUCCUCACUGCGGAUCUGCACCGUAUAGCUCAUCUUACAUAACGGCGCUCGACAGGACGGGACGCAAGCAUCUGUCAACUCCAGACAGCGGCUCUCGACCUUCUGCAAGCAUCCGGAGUUCAGAGAGCAAACCGACGCAACCUCCGCAUCUCAAGCCGUGCCCGUGACCAUGGCGGAACCGGAGCUGUCGCCCGCGGCGGACCCGUCUCUGCGGUCUCCGCGCUCGGCGCCGCUGUCGCUGUCGCUGUCAUUCCCGUUCCUGAGAGAAGGCAGCCGCGUUUGGGAAAGAGCCGCGCUGCAGCCCGGGGAGUUACCGAGUCCUCUGCCCACCAAACGCACGCGCACGUACUCGGCGACUGUUCGUGCAAACGCGGGUCCUGUGUUUAAGGGCGUGUGUAAAAACUUCUCUCGGUCGCAGGGUCAUGGCUACAUCAGACCAGCUCACGGUGGAGAGGACAUCUUCGUACACAUCUCCGAUAUUGAAGGAGAGUACGUUCCUGUGGAGGGAGACGAGGUCACAUACAAGGUCUGUGAUCCUCCCAAGAACAUGAAGGUCCAGGCUGUGGAGGUGAUCAUCACGCACCUCAAACCAGGAACCAAACACGAGACCUGGUCAGGCCAGAUCAUCAGCUCCUAGGAUCCAGUCGGAGGGUGGGUUUUCCCGGAAGUGAGAGCAAAGCAUCAUGGGAAGGCUUUUUAGAAAGUUGAAGGGUGCAGAGAAUGUUGAGUUCAGCAGAACAAGCUGCAUCACGGGAACAUUAGACCUGAAACAGACUCUACGCAAGUAUUUAUUUCACACGUCCAUGUGGUUCGAAAAAGUCUCAGAAUACACGUAGCAUUCGCGACAACAUUGCAGAAGUUUGCGUAGAGCUUGUUUCUGGUUAAAUGAUUCGUCUGUAGGUGUGAGACACUGUGAAAUGAUGGUUGAACAUCCACAAACUGGACUGUGAAAGAAUCUAAGGCAUCGAUUCGGAGGCACACGCUACACUUGUGGCUGUUUUUGGCUCUUAUAUUUAUUUUUCUUUAUUUAUGCAUUAAUUUUAAUGUUAAAUUGAUGGUAAUAGGUAAUAGGGUGGAUCUCCCAAAAACCUGUCCAGAACAUAUCGUAUUCACAGUUAUAUUCACCCCCCCCCCCCAAAAAAAGCGAAAAAUUAAGCAAUUAUGUCCUGCACAAAGAUUUUCAGGACAAUUAAACGCAUUUAGCUACCCUCAAAUUCAUAACACUGCAGAAAAAUAUCUUAUUUAAAUUGUAAAACGUAGUUGUACUGACUUUAUGCAUUUAGAGGGAAUAUAUUCAUGCAUUUUAUAGAUUUUAAUUUAAAAAUCUUGAGAAUCAUUACUGAGAAUAAAAACAAUGUGGAUAACCAAUAGUACAAUAUUCAAUGUUUUAUUUAAAGCAUUGAGAAUUUAGGAGGUAGAUGCUGUAUUUUCAUAAAAGUCACAAUGCAAAAAUUAAAUAAAUAAACAAAUAAACAAAAAGUGUAAUGGUCCUAAAGUUAACCUAAAUUUUCAUUUUCAAUUUGAUUUCAGGGUGAAGUAUGAAUCAGACAUGAUCUUGGCAGGUUUGUGGGGUUUCGUCCAUUAAGCUCUGUUAUAUAUGCUGGAACUGAAGCAUCAUGGACUAAUAUUGCACUUGAAACUUGAAACCCCAAAUAUAAACUGCCAAACUGACUUCAUCUCCCAGAACUCUUUCUCGGGAGCUUUUCAGGGUAAAACGUGCAGCAUUUUGUAGACAGCUGAAGAAUAACAGUCGGCUAGCAAAACCAUUUAAACAGCAGUAGCGACUUUAAAGAUCUUGUGUUGUUUUUACUGUAUAUAUGUAUGUGACGUUCAUUAUGUGAUCAGGGAUCCAGUCACGUGAAGAACUGUUGCGUUGUUUGUUUGGUCACCUGAUCUGUAGCAUGUUCUUCAGUUUGUCUAGUGAUUUGAUCGUCAGAUUUCUACGCUUCUGAACACUCAUUUGGGAUUUAACUGAUGUUUGUUUUUAAACGUCAUUUUUAUUUUCAGCACUUUUUAGAGCUCAGACCACUGUGGUCAACAUCAUUACCGUGUGAACUUUGCAGGACUAAUAAAAUUAAUUCAUGAUUUA